AUGACAUACAACUUAUUUAACGGACUCCGAAUUCUUUUUCGGCCGCUGCUGGUCGGGCUCUUCAACACCCGCAUCUCCUGGGGCAUAAGAUGGCGCAUGUUGGCCCUUCAGCAGUUUGUCUUUCUGACCUAUUCAAUCCCAGUGGCGCCGUAUCUGUUUUCGCGCCCGUUCAUCACUGAAUACCUACCAGUUUUCACCAAGCGAUCCGUCCGUACGCUCGUGUUCAAAGGCAAGGGCAAAGGGUCUGGCCGUAAGCUGCGUCCGUUGCAUGUCGACAUCCACGGAGGCGCCUUUAUCGGUGGCCUAGCGGAGCAAGAUGCGCGCAUGUGCGAGAUGUGGGCGAACGAGACUGGCGCAAUCGUUCUCAGCAUCACGCAUCGUUUUGCCCCCGAGCACGUCUUUCCUACCGCCAUCGAUGACAUUGAUGCUACGGUGCAGUGGAUAAAAGACAAUGCAGAGAGCCGAUGGGGAGCAGAUCCUACACUCUUGACAAUAUCUGGCUCGUCUGCUGGAGGAAACAUGGCUGUGGCAUCGACGCAGCAACCAAGCUGUCAUGGGCCCUCACCCACAGCGUACAAGGGCAUCAUCACGGCAUACGGCGUUUAUGAGCUGAGACUUUCGCCGUGGCAAAAGCCUGUUCCUGAAAAGAUGCCAAAGAGCGAUCCGACUGCUUUUCUUCAGCCGCUCUUUGAUUCAUACUGCGCGCCCGCCCGGGCCAAGCACAUGGAUGACCCACGUCUGAGCCCCAUUCUAGCGGAGAGGGAAACGCUGCCAAACCGCAUCCUGAUGGUAAUUGCGGAGAUUGAUAUACUCCUCGAGGAGCAGACGCAGUUUGCGAAGCGCAUCAAUGAAGAAGAUGAACGCGCUGGUUGGGUAGGCAAACCUCGCGUUGAAACCAUGUUUGCGCCGGAAGGCUUCCACGGCUGGCUAGAGUUGCCGGAUUCUAUCAUUAAGAAGGAGCUGAAGGAGGCGUACUGGGCCCGAUGCGUCGAAUUUCUCCGUGAGAUCCAUCAGUCUGAAGGCUGGAGAUGGGAGAAGGAUGGCUAA